UUGUACAGUAGGCGCAACAAGGUGUUUAUGUGUAGUACAGUGCGCAGCGUUGGUCUCCUUGAGCAACAAAGCUGCUCUGUAUUUCGAUAUGUCUGCUGGGCUUGCUGGGCUCCAAACAGAUCACUUUUGUUAUUCUGGUUGUCUGCAAUGAACCAAAACUAUUCUGGUGAGCCGUGAGAUUGACUCGCAUACGACAGGAAGAUGAAAACCACAGGGGCUUUAACGGGAGAAGGAGAAAAGAGGAGGAGGAGAUAAAAUGUCCAGUUUGAAGAAACCAUCAACCUGCAAACAGAGCACAGUUGAAGUCGUCAUCUCCUUCGAAGAAAGCGUAAAUCCGAUAAACAAGUAACUACCUGAACCCUAAGAAAUUAAGCGUGAUUGUCGGUUGUACGUGUUGAUUAUUUAGGAAGAUUACAAAACAGAAGAUGGUGAGAAAAGCUGCUUAGGCUGCUGGGUUUUCAUGAUCAGGUUCCGCCACAUCUUCUAAUUAAUUUAUCUUGUUCAUUGUUUUUGUAACUAUCACUUGAUCAAUUUUGGGAUGGGUAGCAUAGUUUUCUUUUGAUUACAUGAGGGAGGCAUUUGAGUAUUGACCAAUGUCAAUGUGGGUUGUCAUUUGUUUGAUUGAUAUCUUUACAAUUCCUCGGAAUUCUGACCGCUCUUUUUAAUCCUAUUUUUAACAAACCCUGGGAAUUCUCACUUUGCUUGCUUACAUAAUGCCAAGUUAUAGGGGUUGCUUGCUCCCAGAGCUGCAAUCAAAAUCAAAGGUUACUUGCACAUGCAAAGGUUGAAUCUGUAAAAUCAAAGGAAGUGGCUGAACAGAGGAUGCUCCUGAAGAAAAGCUGGUUUUCAUUUAGAUGGCGUACGCCUGAUGAAUCUGAUGAUGAUACUUCUGAGGGAUCACGGUCACCAGAAGAAAGACUGACUGAAGAGGAGUGGCAAGCAAUUAAUAAGUUACUAAGUUACCAGCCAGAUGAAACAUUGGCAUCUCACUCAGGAAAGGACAUGCCGAAUAUGAUCCUGUUUAUGGUAACUGUGUCUGUUGAUCAGGCUGCUGCUAGGAUCGUUGAUAUAAAUCACACUGAGAUUUUGUGUUGUAAAUUUGAGCAACUUCAAGUGUCUACGAAGUCUAAACAUCAAAGUACAUACUGUGAUGUGUCAUGCAGAUUCUAUGGUCUGUAUGCACCGGAAGGCUCGCUUGCUCAGAGUGUAUCUAGUGAGCAGAAGGCGAAUGCACUGGCUGCUAGCUUUGUAUACCAUCCAGUUGGAGAGAAUGUUGAUCAGAGGCUUUCAGCUACCAUUUCACCUUGUCAUGUCACGGUUUUGAUGGAAAGCCGCGAUCGCUUUUUGGAUUUUGUGAAAAGGAGUAAUGCAGUUAGUCCUACUGUUGCAUUGGAAACGGCAACUGCUUUGCAGAUGCCAAUUGAGAAAGUGACUCGUAGAGCACAAGAGCAAUUUCAAAUGGUAUUAGAAGAACAAAGCAGAUUUGCCCUUGAUAUUGAUUUGGAUGCUCCAAAAGUAAGAAUUCCUAUCAGAACCAAGGGCUCUUCCAAAUGUGAUAGCCAUUUUCUAUUGGAUCUUGGUCAUUUCACCCUGCAAACGAAGGAUACUCAGCAUGAUAAACAGAAGAAGAACAUGUAUUCUCGUUUUUUUAUAACUGGAAGAGAUAUUGCUGCAUUUUUUACGGAUUGUGGUUCCGAUUGCCAAAUUCGCACUUUGGAAUCACCUGAUUCUGAUAACCACGCACCGGUUACCCUGGAAACUGUUGACAAUUUCUAUUCUCUCAUAGAUAGGUGUGGAAUGGCUCCACUUGUUGAUCAGAUCAGAGUACCUCACCCAAGUUACCUGUCAAUGCGUAUUUCAAUUCAAGUGCCAAACCUCCGAGUGCACUUUUCACCAUCGAGAUUUCAGAGACUCAUGAAAUUAUUAAACAUAUUUUAUGGUACUCUGGAAACUGUUGGUCAGCCAGCUGUUGAUAAUUUUCAAGCAGAACGUGCCCCAUGGAGUCCUGCAGAUCUUUUACACGGAUGCUAGAAUUUUAGUAUGGAAGGGGAUUGGCAAUUCUGUGGCUACAUGGCAACCUUGUUUUCUUGUGUUGUCGGGGACAAAUAUUUGUGUUUUGGAGUCCGAGAAGUCGCAGACUUAUCAGCGAUACUCCAGCAUGGCUGGUGGACAAGUAUGUGAGGUUCCUCCUACAAGUAUUGGUGGUUCACCAUUUGGCCUUGCUGUGAUUCACAGGGGGAUGGACACUCAAAAGGCUCUGGAGUCUUCUAGUAGCUUGAUUAUUGAGUUCCGUGGGGGGAGGAGGAGGAGGUCGUUUGGUUGAAAAGACUCAUACAAGCAACAUAUCAAGCUUCUGCUCCCUCUUCAGUUGAUGUCUUGGGAGAAACAAUUGAUCGUGUUGCUGAGAUUGGUGAGCCUCAGACCGGCAAUUCUAAAACAGCUGACCUUGUCAUUAAUGGGGCAUUGGUGGAGACAAAGUUCUCUAUUUAUGGAAAGACGGGUGAUAAAGGUGCUGAAGAACUUGAUGAGACUGAUGCUUGAGGUUCUUGCCAGUUGGGGGGCAGGUUCAUAUGAUUCUUAGGGAAGGUGGCAUGACACUUAAGACAAAGCUUCACUCUUUAAAAAUCAAAGAUGAGCUUCAAGGUCGUCUCUCUACAACCCCACAGUAUUUAGCUUGUUCUGUGCUGAAGAGUGACAAUUUAGUUUCAUCCCCCGGCAUAAUUGAUCCACAUUGGAAAGAAAUGUCUGUUUUACUUCAUGAGGAGGAUGAUACUUCUACGGAUGCUUUGCCAGAUUUUAUGUCUGUAUCUGAUGCAGGCUUUGGUUCACCAACUUCAGAUACAGAUUCAUGUGUAACAACUGAGGACAGCAAUGAUGCUGCUGGAUUUGCAUCUGCUAAAGGCUUAGUCCUUGAAAAGAAUCUUGUUAUGGCAAGGUGCAUUUCUGCUGAGGAAUUUUAUGAGGCGGAGGGUAGUGACUAUUCCAAUUUUGUCUUUCUCACCUUCUCGACUCUGAGUUCUAGUUCACCUGAUUAUGAUGGUAUUGACACACAGUUGAGCAUCCGUAUGUCAAAACUGGAAUUCUUCUGCAACAGACCUACUUUGGUCGCUUUAAUUGAUUUUGGCCUGGACUUAAGCUCUGUGUACAGUGAGGAAAACACUGCAGACAUUACUGAAGGUUCAGGUGACAAAUCUUUGACGAACAAAGAAAAGACCGAAGAAAUUGGGCAUGUCAAAGGCUUGCUGGGUUAUGGUAAAGGUCAUGUAGUAUUUUAUUUGAACAUGAACGUGGACAGUGUGACUGUGUUUCUCAACAAGGAGGAUGCUUCUCUGCUUGCGACGUUUGUGCAAGAAAGUUUUGUGCUAGAUCUGAAGGUCCACCCAAGUUCUCUUUCCAUUGAAGGCACCCCCUAGUAAAUUUUAGACUCCGUGAUACGUCUCUUGGAGAAGAUAACUGUUGGGCCUGGCUAUGUGAUAUACGCAAUCCAGAUGUGGAAUCCCUUAUCAAGUUCAACUUUAAGUCUUACAGUGCUGAAGACGAUGAUUAUGAAGGAUAUGAUUAUAGUUUGUGUGGUCAAUUUGCUGCUGUUUGUAUUGUCUUCCUUUACAGCUUUGUUCAGGAGAUAACCGCGUACUUUAUGGAACUUGCUACCCUACAUAUUGUGGAAUGUGUUCUUGUAGUCUGUUUUGGCAAGGAGUGAUACAAUGGAUCUAAAAUCUCUGGAGGGGGUUUGAAAACUAUGGGCCUUGAUUUUGUUGUCUAUAUUUGUAUAUUCCUUACCUAGAUUGUUUUUGUACUUGUAUAAAUGUACUCAUCUUUUCCAGCCAAAAAUAAAAAAGAAGAAAGCAAAAUUUUUGCUUGAACUGUACGUUAUUCCUUGUUAUGUUUCUUCCAUUUUGACAGAGUAACUCACCUAGUCAGCCAAAAUUAAUCUAGAUAUAAGUAUAUAUUAUAGUGUACUCGAGUUUCUUGGUGAUGCUGUUGAGUCGUCUAUCUCUAAUGUUUGUGGGUGAGUGCGGUGUGUGCAUGUAUUUAUGCUUGUGAGUGAGUAUGUGCGGCGUGUAGGAAGAACUGCCUGGAGCGCUGGUGGAGUGGGCAAGGCAUUCAUCUUUGUUGUUGGCAAGCAAGGCUCUCUGUUUCUUUCUUCCUUUCUGAACAUUUAGUACAUAUGUUCACUUGAGGUAGGGUUAUGGUGUCUUGGUU